ACCCAUGCUGCCUUGCGGUGGGUGGUAAACAUCACGUGACGCGGGUCAGCUGCUGGCUCGCUCGAGAUGGAGUUUCUCUACGGGAAUCCCUUCAGCACCCAAGUCGGGCAGCGGGUUGAACAAGCAACAGAUGGCUCGUUGCAAGCAGAGGAUUGGGGCCUCAACAUGGAGAUAUGUGAUAUCAUCAAUGAGACUGAGGAGGGACCAAAGGAUGCAAUCAGGGCCUUGAGGAAGAGGCUUUCGGGAAACAAAAACUUUCGGGAGGUGAUGCUAUGCCUAACGGUUCUAGAGACUUGUGUGAAGAACUGUGGCCAUCGAUUCCAUGUUAUGGUGGCCAGUCGGGACUUUGUGGAGGAUGUAUUAGUAAAAACCAUUCUGCCUAAGAACAAUCCACCCACUGUAGUGCAGGACAAAGUACUGAGCUUAAUUCAGGCUUGGGCUGAUGCUUUCCGGAGUACUCCAGACCUCACUGGGGUAGUGACUGUGUAUGAAGAACUGAGGAGGAAGGGGCUUGAGUUCCCUAUGACUGACCUUGAUGCACUGUCUCCCAUUCACACACCUCAGAGAACUAUUCCCGAAGUUGACCCAGCAGUCACACAAAACUCUGCCCCAGCGCAGCCAGCGAUGUUCCCGGUCUCUGAGCAGCCUAUCCCAGCAGUGUCCACAGAAGGUGCAAUCACUCCCUCCCUCGAACAGGUCGCUAAACUGCGGAGUGAACUGGAUGUUGUUAAUGGUAACGUAAAGGUGAUGUCUGAAAUGCUGACUGAGAUGGUCCCGGGUCAAGAAGAAUCCUCUGACCUUGAACUGCUACAGGAGUUGAACAGAACAUGUCGAGCAAUGCAGCAGAGGAUCCUGGAGCUUAUCUCAAGAGUCACCAAUGAGCAGGUGACAGAGGACCUAUUGCAUGUCAAUGACAACCUCAAUAAUAUAUUCCUCCGAUAUGACAGGUUUGAGAGGUUCAGAACUGGACAGAAUACUGCUAAUCGAGUGCCCAGUGGUUCAGAGAAUGCAGACAAUUUAAUAAAUCUUACACCAAGCUCUCCAGCUGUUGUCACCCCAGUGACUUCUUCUAAUCUCUCAUCACAAUUGGCAGGGCUCAGUGUUGCAGGAGAAAGUGUGAGUCGAACACUGAAGUCCUUGGAGAACAACAACCAUCCAAAAACUGAGGAGGAAGAGUUUGACAUGUUUGCCCAGACCAGAAGCAACUCCUUGGCUGAUCAGCGCAAGAAUGUAAAAUAUGAAGAACCACAAGCAAUUGAAGGACUGGCAGGAGCGUUGGAUACUCGACAACAGAACACUGGAGCGAUGAAGGAUACAUUGAAUGAGCACACGAACAGAAAGAUAGACAACUGGAUGUUAAACCAAGGACUGAUUCCAGUCACUCAGACCAAUCUAAUGGAUGACAUUGAACAGUGGCUGUCCACAGAUGUGAAGGGUGAAUUUGGAGAAGAUUCUGAAGGAGUAACAAGUGAAGAAUUUGAUAAGUUCCUGGAAGAACGAGCGAAAGCAGCGGAACGGCUGCCGAAUCUCCCUUCGCCUCCCACAGAGACCCCUGGUUCUGUUACUGCAACCAAAAAGAAGAAGCAGGAAAAGAUGGAGGACGCCCUCUUUACGCUGUGAGACCUCGAAUCCGCCCUCCGCCUGCCACCAUGUAUGAAGGAACACAUUGAGGCAGUCCUGAGCUGUGCCUCUCCUAGAAAUUUACCCUGUUGCUCCUGAAUAGGGGAUGGUACGAAAAUAGAGUGCACACUCUUGCCCUGCGAAGUCUGUGUUUCAAGAUGGACCCUAUUUUCAAAUAUUUCUCUCAAAUGACCCUAUAACAGGGAUAAAGGACAACACGUGACCCUUUGCUGAAGUUGUGGAGAUGCCAUCCAAUUACAGAACGAUGUUGUGGGCUGACUGUGCUUAAGUUCAAAAUAGGCUUGAAAAUAAUUUAAACUGCAGAUCUGAGAGUACACUACUUUUUAACCUGUAUCCUUCUCACAAAUCCAUGUACAUUUUAUUGAUUUUUUUUCUUAUGUAUGCUAAACUGAGAAAUGGUUUCCAAGCAUUAACUUAAUCUAUUUUAAAUACUUUAGCACAAGGAUAGUGAUGAUGAUGUGUUAUGGUGUUUGUGGGCAUGUGUUGGGGAAUAAACGAUGGCGCCUCCAAGUGAUGCAUUGGGUCACGUUCCACACUUUUUAGUCUGAUUUAUGGGAUUUCUGAGUCAGUUGGAUUCUGUUGUUUUGCUAUUGGGGGGGUAGUAUGCAGCUGCAAUUUCUUUUUACAUCUGUAUCCUGUUGUCUAUGCAAUGAGACUUUUCCCCCCCUCCACAAGCUUUUAGAAUGGGGCACAUCUGUGGCAUGAAGCAGAGAAUUUAAAGCUGUGGAAAUUGUAUGGUUGCCAACCCUUCAGGUUUGUCCUGGGGUUUCCAAGAACUGAAGAUUAAUUUCCAGGCCACUGCUGCGAGCAGCAGGCAAGAGAAAAGUACCGGGGGCUUUAAACAAAAUUGUUGGAAUAGGCAGUUUCACCAAUAGUCAAGAUUAACACCAUUGGACACCUGGGUUUGAUCUCUUUCCAGUUGGGCCAUGGGAAGCAGUGUGCCUGGAGGAUGGAUCAAUGGUCAGAGUGUGGAGGUGGCAGAGUGGUUGCAGUGGGAGCUAAUGUAAUGAAACCUCUAGGAAUACACCCACUCGGAGUUGGCAACCCCAAGAAAAUGCCCCAAUUGCACUUAGUGUUUAAUUAUAUCAAUUCCUAGACCAAUUUUGGGGGUGUGGGGAGGAGAGGGAAGAGAAUGUAUGGUUUAGAAAAAUAAUUUAAUGCAAAAUCAAUAAAAUGAUUUUUGUGGGUGUUGGCACACCCAGUAA